GUAGUCCUUUGUGUGUCCUGUAUUUUCUGGACUACCGAAGUGUCACAGGCAAUCCUGGAUGGCAAACUUCCUGAACAGAAGGCAAAGUGUGACAGACAGAUUGACGACAUUGUUGAUCUUGUUCGUGGUCCGCUCACAAGCGGCGAAAGGCUCACUCUGGGUGCUUUAACCGUACUUGACGUCCACGCCCGCGAUGUCCUAGGCCACCUGGCAGAAAUCCAGGUGAAUUCAAUCACCUCGUUCGAGUGGCUGAGCCAACUGCGUUAUGUUUUCAGUGCCGAAAACAACAACGACGUCUACGUCCAGUUGAUUACCACGGAACUCUGUUAUGGCUAUGAAUAUCUCGGCAACAGCCCCCGGUUAGUCAUUACACCGCUGACCGACAGAUGCUACCGAACCUUGAUGGGUGCUAUAAAGUUGAAUCUCGGCGGAGCACCUGAGGGACCCGCAGGAACUGGGAAAACCGAGACAUCUAAGGUAGGUCGGCUUACGAUAGCAAAUGCCUAG